UAAAACCCACAACGGUUUCCUCAUACUCCACAGAAUUUAUUCUAAAUUUGCACCCUAUUUGUAUUUAUUCAGAUUUUGCACCCCUACUCGUAUUUAUUCUAAAUUUGCACCCCUAUUCGUAUUUUGGGUUCGGGUACGUAUGUUGCUCCUCGGUCUCAGACAAAAGCAGAAACCACACCGUUACCUCAGACCAGUUCAACAAACGUCUCCGUUUAACCCUUCAUCUCCUUCCUUCCCACUGCUAUACCCUGAAAGGCAGCAAGAAAGAAACCCUAGCUUCUGCCCGUAUUUUCCCGGAAACCAAACAGGAAGAAAUGCCUCCAAGAAAUUCACCACUUCCGGUCAGACUUUCAUGCCAACCAAUUUCAGAAGCAGUUGCAAAGCCUUCCGCCACUCCAGCAGUACAAAUAAAGCCAUACCAUCUUCGAAUCGGAGUUGUCAAGAUCAUCUUCGGACGCCCUCAAAACCGCUUUUGAAAAUUAUGUCUUGUUAUAGGAAUGUACACUCUUGUAGCCACACGAUCAUGUUUGGUUAUUGGGUUGGUCCUGAUAUUGAUGAUGGAUGGGGCUAUGUGGAAGCUUUUAUUAAUCCAAUCACUAGAGUAUUGUUCAAUAUUCCAUGUUUUUUCUCCUUAUGUUUUGGGAUAUUUCAUAGAUUCAUUCAAGACACACUUUUUGUAUGUGUUAACAACGUCCAAUUUGUCGAUGAAAACGCGUAAAAAUUG